GGACUCCACCAUAGAAAACCGGUAUCGUUGGCGGAUAAGUUACCCGGCAGAGUGCAGGCAAAACAAUUAAAAAGGAAAGGAAAAGCGGCUGACAAAGAGGCAAAAUGUCAUGUCAGCUGACGAAAACAGAAGUUAUGACAUAAGGAGUCGUCUGAAAUGAGCAGCGCGCGGUGCCUGUCGCGUCGCGUGGAGAUGUGGCUGAUACUAUGGAAUAUGAUGAGAGACUCGCUCGCUUCCGACAAGGUCACCUAAACCCCUUCAACAGAGAAUUAGAAGAAAACAAUUGCUCACGCACUGAACUAAAGACUGAUGCCUACCCUUCAGAUACUAAUUUACAGACUGCUGACCGUACAAUGGACUUAGGGCUGGCUGAAGAUCACUUCUCGCGCCCUGUGGGUUCCUUCAUAGCAUCUGAUAUUGAAAGGCUGAAGCAAGCAAUUGAAGAAUGCAAGCAUCUUAUUUUGGAAUUACCUGAGCAUUCUGAGAGACAAAAGGAUGCUGUAGUAAGACUGAUUCAUCUCCGCUUGAAACUCCAAGAUCUGCAGGAUCCAAAUGAAGAUGAACCAAGUUUGCAGGUUGUUCUAGAACACCGGUUUUACAAGGAGAAGAGCAAAAGUGUGAAACAGACCUGUGACAAAUGCAGCACUAUUAUCUGGGGACUAAUACAAACUUGGUAUACAUGCUCAGGAUGCUACUACCGUUGUCAUAGCAAAUGUUUGAACAUGAUAACAAAACCUUGUGUGAGGUCAAAGGUCAGCCACCAGUCUGAAUAUGAAUUGAAUAUUUGCCCUGAAAUUGGUCUGGACAGCCAGGAUUAUCGCUGUGCUGAGUGCCGAGCGCUGAUCUCAUUAAGGGGUAUUCCAAAUGAAGCCAGGCAGUGUGACUACACUGGACAAUAUUACUGCAGCAACUGCCACUGGAACGAUACCGCUAUCAUUCCUGCCCGUGUAAUUCACAACUGGGAAUUUGAUACAAAAAAGGUGUGUCGCUCUUCUCUACGGUACCUUAACCUGAUGAUGUCACGACCAGUCUUGAAGCUGAAAGAAAUUAAUCCUUUACUCUUUAACUUUGUGGAAGAGUUAGUAGAGAUUAGGAAACUUCGUCAAGACAUCCUUCUCAUGAAGCCAUAUUUUAUAACUUGCAAAGAAGCUAUGGAGGCCAGACUGUUGCUUCAGUUGCAGGACCGCCAGCAUUUUGUGGAGAAUGAUGAAAUGUAUUCUCUACAGGAUCUGAUUGAUAUUUAUAGUGGCCGCCUAAGUUGCUCUUUAACAGAAAUCCACACAACAUUUGCAAAGCACAUCAAACUGGACUGUGAGAAGUGUCAAGCCAAGGGGUUUGUUUGUGAAUUGUGCAAGGAAGGAGACAUCUUAUUUCCUUUUGACAGCCACACAUCAGUGUGCAAGGACUGUUCUGCAGUCUUCCACAGAGACUGUUACUAUGACAACUCUACCACUUGCCCAAAAUGUGCAAGGAUGUCGGAACGCAAGCAAACUGUGCCUGAUGUUUGUGAGAAGUGAGAAGUUAAUGCCACCAUCUGAUCUCUUCAGCAGUAAUGACUUGCAGCAGAUGUCAGAUACAGUAGGUCUGAGAACACGAUACAGAGUAAAUUUGAGACUUAUUACAUUUUGUAAAUUUUUAGUAUAAAUAUCACUGCAGGGUACAAGAUUGUUAUGUUGUUUGCAUGUAGUGAACUCCAUCUUCACUUUGAAAGACAAUAUUUUAUGAAAAUUAAAGCUAUUUUUCCCUAAUUUUAUUUUGUUACUUGCCUUGUAUUAAAAGAGCAUGGCAUUUAAUGUUAAAUUUAUACAAUUUUUUUAGUACACUUGGUUUAUGUUAACCUUUUUGACAGUAAACUGAAAAGACACUUUAUUUGGAGAUGAAUUCAAUAUUGAGAAGACCUGAGUUCUAUUUUGAAGUAUUUAUGAAGAGCUAAAACAUUCCCUUUAUGAAAACUGACAAUGCACUGAAUAUACUGAAGUUCAAACUAGUAUUUAGUGUGAAACUACACAUUGUUGUGUUAAAUGUAGGAAAGGGUUUACCACAUUUAAAAGUCUCUAAUGGUUGACAGCAAAAUGAAUAUGUUAGAGGCUGAAAUUGCAGUAUAACCAUGCAGCCAGUGCAAAGAACACUACAAAUGCAGUGGGGUAAUUUUCCUAUAGUGUGAGAAAAGGGCAGUUGCUGUUUUGUUUCGAAAAGAUAAAUCUCAUGCAAAAUAACUGAAACAAUGUUUAAAAAAUGAUCUGGCUACAGUAAUAUUCAAUUUUUGUCAAAUCACAAAUAUAUAUGUGUUCAGAUCAGCUAUAGCGCCCACAGUGCAUUGCUGCCUUUUGAUACCAAAUUAAUCUUUGGCUUCUUCUGACCAUAAAUUGGUUUGAAGAUUUUAAAGUAUAUACCUCUGUGAAGAUCAAUGUUUCAAAAACCUGCUUUAUAUUAAAUUCAUCCAAUUUAAUUAUGCUUUAAAAAAUCACUUUUGUCAUAAGAGAUUAAUACAGCAGGUACAUGCUAUCACACUGAUUUGCCUUUUUCCCCAAAAAUUGAAUGACCUAAUUAAAAUGUAUAGUUAAUCUAAUAUACUAAUUAUGUCCAUAUUUAAACAGUUUUUAUGACAGUAGCAAAUGCUUGAGCCUGCUAUAAUAUUUAGCACCCUGAUAAUUAACCAUUACCUCAGGAAGCAAUCAAAUGAUAUUAGCUGUUAGGCUGCACUUUUAUUUAAUGCUAUCCUAGCAGCUUAAUUAUUGCACAGAAAACUACAUUUAGCUUAGAUGUGUUGCACUUUACUUAGGAAAUGGGUUAAAAGCAAUGAUUUAAAAGAACAAUAAAAUAAACACCUGUCUCCUGAAAAGUAUUGUUCUCAGUGUGUUAGCCAUGAUAUAUUUGGCAUCUUCAGAUGAUGGGAAUUUCUUAAAUGUUCAUGUACAGAAUAAAUCAUGUGUACCUCAGUUAUUUAAAUGAAAAUGUGCAUGUCCCGAUUUUAGAAUUUAUUCUAGCCUCAAAGAAAACACAAACAUAAAAAUGUAUUUUGUGUGUGUGUUUUUUAAAAUAUAAUACAAUAAUCAUUAUAACUGGAAUUAUUUACUAUUUGAACUAUCGUAAAAUCUAUCCAAACCUAAAUACACAAAAGGCAUGCUUUAUCUAAGGGUAAAUAUACUGUAUUUUUUGUUUAUAAAUGCAGAGUUAAUACACUGUUCAAAGUGUUACAUGGAGUUAUUUUUUAUUCCAUUUCUACAUUGGUAAGUUAUGUAUAAUACUCAUAAUAUACAUGUACAGUGAAAUAAAUGCAACUGUGUAAUUGUUUUCAAUAAUAUGUGAAAUGUUAAUUUGAAGUAAACUUGUAUUUUAUGCUUGUGAAUGUACUUGUGUUAAAUUUUGACAGUAAUCCAUGUACUGUAAGGUGCUGUGCAUGAAUAAAAUGCAAAUAAUAAUGAAA